AUGAGGGUCUUGCUUUGCAUCCUUGGGGUCCUUGCCUUGUUGUCCACAGUUCCUCCAGCGAGAAACUUCUCUCUUAACGGCAAAUGUUCUUCAUUAUACCAUAAAUGCAGAAUGAAGUGCAAUUCUGAUGAAUUUGCAGUUAGAUAUUGUUCAGACUGGAGCAUCUGCUGCAGAAUAAAGAAAGUUGAACAAAAGAAAGAAGUGGUGA